UGGAAAUGUGACGAAUAGUAUCAUGGUGACUUACUGAAGCACGUUUUGAUCACGGCUUACGGACAUACAAUUUACAGAAAUGUCGGGAAGACACAAUAACAAGCUGCCGACUAAUCUGUCACAGCUGCAGAAUUUAAUUAAAAGAGACCCUCGUUCGUAUACAGAGGAGUUUUUGCAGCAGUAUCGACAUUACAAGUCCAAUGUAGAGAUCUUCAAACUUCAAUCGGAUAAGCCACAUAAGGCAUUGGCUGACCUAGUGAUGUUUUUGGCACAGGUUGCACACUGCUAUCCAGAGCAGCUUGCUAACUACCCUCAAGAACUCAAGGAUUUAAUUUUAUGCCAUCACACAGUUUUGGACCAUGAACUGCGAAUGACAUUUUGUAAAGCCCUAAUUCUGCUAAGAAACAAAGACCUUAUAAAUCCUACAUCAUUGCUGGAACUUUUCUUUGAACUUCUAAGGUGCCGUGACAAGCUUCUGAGAAAGACAUUAUAUACUCAUAUUGUGAGUGACAUCAAGAAUAUUAAUGCAAAGCACAAAAACAAUAAACUUAACACAACUUUGCAGAACUUUAUGUACUCAAUGCUCAGAGACAGCAAUUCAGUUGCAGCAAAGAUUUCACUUGAUGUAAUGAUUGAACUUUACACUAGAAACAUUUGGAAUGAUGCCAAAACUGUAAAUGUCAUUACAACUGCUUGCUUUUCUAAAGUUACCAAGAUUCUUGUGGCUGCUUUGAAAUUCUUCUUGGGUAAAGACGAAGAUGACAAAAAAGACAGUGAUUCUGAGUCUGAGAAUGAUGGCCCAUCUGCUAGAGACCUACUUAUUAAAUACAAUACUGGGAAAAAAACAUCAAAAAAACAAAAAGAAAAAUGGAAAAAAGCAAUGAAAGUUCUCAAAAAACAUAAAAAAAAGAAACGUCCAGAGACUUUUAAUUUUUCUGCAAUUCAUUUGGUUCAUGAUCCUCAAGAUUUUGCAGAAAAACUUUUAAAGCAGCUGGAAAAUUCCAAAGAACGGUUUGAAGUGAAAAUAAUGAUGAUGGAGCUCAUUUCAAGAUUAGUUGGAAUUCAUGAGCUUUUCCUGUUGAACUUUUACCCAUUUGUGCAAAGAUUUCUUCAACCUCAUCAAAGAGAGGUUACAAAAAUCCUUCUUUGUGCUGCCCAAGCUGCACAUCAGCUGGUACCUCCUGAAACUAUACAACCACUUGUUAUGACAAUAGCAAAUAAUUUUGUAACAGAUCGAAACUCUGGUGAAGUUAUGACAGUGGGUAUCAAUGCUAUUAGAGAGAUAGCAGCCAGGUGUCCCCUUGCCAUGACAGAAGACCUUCUUCAUGACCUUGCACAGUACAAAUCACACAAAGACAAAAAUGUAAUGAUGUCUGCUAGAGGCUUGAUACAACUUUUUAGAAACUUGGAUCCUCAAAUGUUGCAUAGAAAAGACAGGGGCAAACCCACUGAAUCUACAAAAGAAGCCAGGAUCCGUGGUUAUGGGGAGGUAGAUGCCAAAGACUAUGUUCCUGGAGCAGAAGUUCUUGAGCUUAAUCAGGAAGAAAUGGAGGAUGAAGAAGGAUGGGAGAGUGCCAGCAUUACUGAACAGGAAGACAGUGAUGGAGAGUGGAUUGAUGUACAUCAUUCAUCAGAUGAAGAGCAACAGGAAGUGAGUGAAAACCUAAAUUCAAUGCCAGCAGAGGAGAAGAAAGCUAAAGCAGCUGUGGUCAGCACUAGCAGGCUGCUAACCCAGGAGGAUUUCAAGAAAAUUCGCCUUGCGCAGAUGGCCAAAGACUUCAAUUCUGCCCCAGGAAAAGCACAGAAACGCAAGAAUGUGGACAGUGAUGAUGAGAGCAGGGGGGAACUGCUUAGUCUAAGAAACAUAGAGCAUCUGUAUAAGAAACCUAAAAGUGACAAGGAAACACGCUUAGCGACAGCCAUGUCUGGAAGAAGUGACCGGAAAGAGUUUGCUAAAAAGCACACUAGAUUGAAUCCAUUUGCUAGCACCACCAACAAAGAGAAGAAAAAGAAAAAGAAUUUUAUGAUGAUGAGAUAUAGCCAAAAUAUUAGAAGUAAAAACAAAAGAUCAUUUAGAGAAAAACAGGUUGCUCUCCGUGAUGCUCUUCUGAAAAAGAAAAAGAUGAUGAUGAAAUAAUGUGUACACGUUUAGGAACAACUUUUUUCUUCAACUCCAAAAACAUUGAGGAAAAUGUCAUUUUUAAGACUUCCAUUUAAGAAGCCCUCAUACUUACCCUGGUAACAGGGUAUGCUUACACUUCUAACAUAUAUGUUGUGUGUAAUUAUUAUAAAGAGAUCAUAAUGCUGUACAACUGUGUACAAUAUUUGCUGGGAAAUUAUCUCGGACUACUCUAAUAUUUUCAAAUUGAAAAGGAAAUAUUUUCUUAAUGCAUAGUUAUACUAUUCUAUAAAAGUUUGCUUAGUAUACAGUUCAGUUAAAUAACAGUAUAUCAGUUAUAAAUCAGUGUCAGAAAAUAAAAUUUAUUAUUAU